AUGAAUAAUAGUAUGAAUAGUACAAAUAUUGUAAUUGAUAGUAUGAAUGGUAUAAAUAAAAGAGCAAAUAAUGCUGUAAAUGGUAGUGUUACUGAUGGAAUGAAUGAUAAUAUGAAUGGUGCGAAUGUUAUGAUUGAUAAUAAUAUAAAUAGAGUAAAUGAUGGGGUUAAUAAUGAUGUUAAUGAUGGCAUGAAUGAUAAUAUGAAUAAUGGUAUUAAUAGUGUAAAUGAUUAUAUGAAUGGUGCAAAUAUUAUAAUUGAUAGUGUGAAUAAUGGUGUUAAUAAUAGUACAAAUAAUAGCAGUGAAAAUGAGAUAAGAGAAUAG